CUGCUUGUUAUACAGUACUAGUUUCCUUCUUACCUCAAGGCCGAAAACAAGGAAAUCGCCAUCAUGGUUUCAGGAUACCAUUCCCAUCGUGAGUCUAAAAGGAAAGCAAAAACAGAAAGAAAAAAAAGGAAAGCAACAACAGAAAACAAAAACAGAGAGAGAGAAUGUGGACGCAUACUCUUUCCUUUCAAGGCCCAAAACAAAUCCCGGAUCCAUCCAAUAAAAACCCAAGCAAUCAAACCAACGGUUCGCCGAGCCGCCGCCGGAAGCCGAAAUCCGACGAACGUCGCCGGAGCAGCAAGCGACGUCUCGUUCGAAUUCAUCGACGCCACCGGCUACGAAACCACCGGGAACAUGUCGAGUACAAUAAUUUUGUUGACAUGUAAUUGACACCAGAGUUGCAAUGGUCGGUCCCUUCUGUGGUUGAUGGUCUCAAUCGAGGCCAGAGGAAGAUUCUGUUCACCGCGUUCAAGAACAACCUUGAUAAACAGACUAGGGUUUAUCGGCUCGCUACCUAUGCUAUGAAACAAGCAGCAUACAACUGUGGUCAACAGCAGGGCCGUAUACUGACAGGUACAUUCCAAUCAUUCCCAUGGUUUUGGUCAAUGGAAGUAGAGGAUGCAAUAGCAAUGUUCCAAGCUACAACCCAAGGGACAUCAUUGCUAAUCUGAGACGAUUACUUAAUUACGAGCAUGUGGAACCAAUGGACCCAUGGUAUAGGGGUUUUAAGGGCCGUAUAGAGAAGAUUAGUACAACAGUCGAAGGUAGCACAUAUAGCACGACUGGUGUUAUAAAGGUUGUCGACGAGACUACAUUGGUUAUCACAGAGUUGCCAAUCCAUUGCUGGACUAAAGAUUAUAGAUGUUUCAUUAAGUCUUUGAGUAAGAAUAGGAAAAAUAAGACCAAUGAGUUUCGUAUUAAGCUCAUCAAAGAUAAAUGUUGUGACGAUAUGAAUUUACAAUUGAAGUUAAUAUUGGAAGAGAAGAAUAUGGAAAAGGUUACAGAAGAAAGUUUGGAGAAGAAACUUAACCUCAUCACUACAGUUGGAACAACAAACAUGCAUUUGUUUGAUAGGAAUGGUAUAAAUAUCCGAAAAUACAAAACCCCAGAAGAAAUUCUCGAAGAGUUCUUUGGCCUGAGGCUUGAAUACUAUGAGAAAAGAAAGAAAGCACAACUGGACUCUCUCGACCUCGACUUGUGGAAGAUCACUAACAAAGUUAGGUUCAUUCUUAGUGUCGGUCGUGGUGAUAUCACAGUAUUAGACAGGGAAGCAUAUGAUUUAGUUCUCGAGCUUUACCGGAAGGGAUUUUCUCCAUUUCCAACGAGCAGUGAGAGUCCUGAGGGUGGCAAAAGAGUUUUAGCAAGUGACUAUGAGUACCUCCUUUCGAUACCAAUUGGCAGCAUGGCUCGAGAAAAGCUACAUGAGCUCUAUGCUGAAAAGACCGAGUUAGAGGAGAAAAUCAAGGAGGUGAGAAGAUCCAAACCAAGAUUGCUCUGGAUUAAAGAUCUUGAUGCUCUUGAAGUUGAAUUAGAUAGGUUUGAUGAUUUAAAGCGUGCUGAGAUUGAGCGUUUGGAAAGUUUAAGGAAUAGAAAGAAACCAACUAAAAAGACUACUGCAAAUGAUGGUGAGGCUGGUGUCUGUAAGCCUGUCAAAUCAAAACCAGCAGCACAGAAGAAGGGAAAAACUAAUACGAAGGCGACUGUGAUUGAGAUUGUUCAUGAUGAAGUACCUCUGCUAGAAGCUCGCCCGGCCAACAAUGUGGUGGACUCAUCUUCAGCUCAUACAGAAGGACUGCAAGUAAAACAGGAGCUGGGAGGGGAAGAAAGCCAGCGGCUGCGAAAACGGCACCAAAACCCGCAACCCGGGCCACCGCCGGCACGAGGAAAAGGACGGCAUCAGCCGCAGCAGCAGCUCAUGGUGAGAACAGCGAUGGCGAGGCAGAUAAGGAGACGUUAGCAGAGGAUAACAUUCCUUGUGCUGCUGCUGCUGUUGCUUCCCCGGACAAAAAGGUAAGAAGGACGAGGGGGCGAGCUGCGACCGUCGCCGUCGCCGGACACUCUGCCGUCGCCGCGCCGGCUGCGCCGAGGGCGAGGCUGACGAGGGGGAACAAGAAGAAGGCACAGCGCGCCUGAUGAUUCAUGGAUUAGUUACCGCAAUGCCGAUGCGUUCUCAGUCAAUCGCUGAGACGUUGAUGCUAGGUACUUGGUACUACUUCGUUCCUGCCAAAUCGUUUGCAGCUUCCGGCUGCUCGUGAUAGAUUUUGCGUUUUGCUGAUCCGUUCAAACAUGGGCACCUUGUUUUCUUUUUCGGAUGUGAAAACAAAAUAAAAUAUAUCUCUUC